ACUGUGAGCACUUCAUUUGAGAGUCACUUACGUAAAAUGAGUUUCGCAAAUAAAGUUGUAUUAAUAACCGGUGCUAGUUCCGGUAUAGGCGCUACUACUGCAAUAUCGUUCGCUAAAGAAGGAGCCAAUGUAGUUAUUGUUGGAAGAAAUGAAGUGAAACUACAGCAAGUGGCAGACGAAUGUGCUGCAACAGGAAAGGAAUAUCUAUCAAUCAAAGCUGAUAUAACCAAGGACGAAGACGCUAAAAAAGUCAUAAAUGAUACAGUUGAAAAAUUUGGCCAAAUAGAUGUUGUCAUCAACAAUGCAGGAAUGAUAGGUUUUGCUAAUAUUCUUAGUGAUAACGUUUUGUCAGUAUAUGAUACUGUCAUGAACCUCAAUGUUAGGGCUCAAGUUCACAUGACACAUUUAGCUGCCCCUCAUUUGAUAAAAACAAAAGGAAACAUCAUCAACAUAUCAAGUAUAGCUGGUAAGGUGACGUUCAAAGAACCAAUGAUAUGCUAUGCUAUUUCUAAGGCAGCUGUUGAUCAUUUUACUCGUAAUGUAGCACGAGAACUUGCCCCUCAUGGUGUCAGAGUCAAUUCGAUAAGCCCGGGACCUGUCAGAACUGAUAUAUUGAGUAACGCUGGAGUUCCAAAAACAAUGGACGAAAUAAAUUACGAAAUUCCACUUGGAAGAAUAUCUGAUCCUAAUGAAAUUGCAGAUCUUAUACUGUUUUUAGCUAGCGACAAAGCUAAAGCCAUAACUGGAUCGGAUUACGUAACUGAUAACGGUAGUCUUUUGAGAUAAUUAAAAUGAAUCAUUGUCCUUGUAUAAGUUUUUUAUGUAGUAA